GAAAAUAUAUUUGUUUUAACACAUCAACAAACUUAAGCUCUUAAAAAACGUGUUCUUGCGAUUUACUACAGAAGAAGAUUAUUUAGCGCUGACCACAUGGGUUUUAAGCAAACUUUAAAUAUGGAAAUUGAAGUGCAAGUUGCAGUACAAUUUGUUGCUUCUUUUAUUAUUGAUAAAUGUACAAAAACCGAACUUGAGCAAUUUAUUAAAUAUUUAACUAAAGGUUUAUCAGCAAAAUUUGAGGGUCAUUGGUAUCCAGAAAAACCUUCAAAAGGAAGCGCUUAUCGCUGUGUAUCUAUUGAAAAUCAAAUAGAUGCUGUUCUUUUAAACGCAGCGAUGGAAGCCAAUUUUGAUUCAUCAGUGUUGACUGACAGUUUUCCAAAAAAGCUAGACUUGUGGAUAGAUCCAAGCGAAGUCUCCUACCGAAUAGGAGAACAUGGUGCUGUCAUAGUAAUUUAUAAAGAAGGUGACGAUUGUGUCAAUUCAACGUCAGAAUAUCUUGCAAAAGUUCUUGACAAACUCCCAACAGUGAUUCAAAAGCAGCCAAUUGUGGGUAACCAACAUAAUGGCAUAAAUAAAGUUUAUCCUAUAAGAAAUAACCCUUUAAUAAAUACUCAACCAUUGGUAAAUUCAUAUAUUGCAAAUGGUAAUCGACAGUUUGAAAAAAGUUUAUCACCAACAGCUAAGACAUUUGUUUCUCGAAAUUCUACACAGAAAAAUCUUUUUUCAGCAAAUCGUACAUUUAACCCAGCUGGUGUGAAUCCUAUACUGAAUUUAGAGUAUUUGCAAAAGUUGCAAUGGCCAUUAUUGCUAGCAAGCGGCUAUGACCCAUUGGCUGCUCAGUUAGUUCAGAAUUAUUUAAUUAUGCAAGAAUUGCAGAAGUUUGAAACCAGAAGACUAGCUCUGCAAUCUCAUUAUUUGAAGUUGCAAUCAAUGCAAUUCUCAAAAAAGCAUAACCACUUAAAUAAUCGUCAACAAAAUGUCACUCCAUCGGUCGGUACAAACCGACUUCAGGUUACAGCAUAGUUUUGUUUCCUAGUUGUUUUUUUUUUUGUUUGUGCUUUGAGUUUUGUACAUUAAAGUUUUUGUUUUUUUAACAGGAAUUUUUGUGUGCAAUUUUUAGUUUAAACAUAAAAUUUUUCUAUUUUUCUUGUUUCAAAAUAACUUUCCUGUUGCAACCCAACUAUUAAUUAUUUUGUGUUUUAAAAAACUGGUUUGAGUUCAGUACUCAUUCUGGGAAUUUUAGGUUAAUAUUCAAUUGCAUACAUAAUCUUUUAUAUUAAUUGUACAUCUUGUGUUUUGAAACACAUUUACAGUUAUAAAUGUUAAGUAUAAAAUAUUUUAUUUUAAAUUAUAUUUAUAAGGUUUUAAACCAAUGCACUUUUCAAUUUCAUUUCAACUUUGCUAUUAUAUUCUUCUGAUUGUUUUUAUUGAUUUAUACAUUUUAUUGCAAGUCCAAAUACUAUUUAGUACAGUAUUUGAUUCAGCUUAUUCAAUAUUUACUUAUUUUUGAAAAAAACAAAUUAUUCAGAUUUCAUAGAGUCAGGUGUUACACCUGUGUUUGAUUCAAAAAUAACCUUUUAAAAUCAAAAUCAAUAUUAGUUUUCUGCCAAUUUUUAUUUUUAAUUUUCAAAAAUUGUUUUACUGUAAAUUUUACUUUGCAGUAUUUUGAAAAUUUUUUAUUUUUUAAUUUUUAUUGUUUGGUAAUGGAAUGAAGCAAUAUUUUAUUUCAACCAUCUUGAUUUUGUUAAGGAUCAUUUUAUAUUUUGUAAAACAAUUUAAUAUGUUAGUAUUGAAAAUUUUUCCGCUCUAUUUUAAAAGUUGUUCUUUAUGACAGGAUAUAUUUAUUAUAAAAAGCAUUUGAAAUUUUUGUAUGUAUAUAUUUCGACAAACAUGUAUUUUAUCUGAUUGACAAAAAAUAAAAUUAAUUUUUUUUUUUUCUUAUUUGACAUUUUUAUUAACUAAUAUAUUUUCUCUUGAUUUAAGAAAUACUAUUCUUCCAAAUUAAUUCAAAAUAGUUUUAUAAUAAAAUUUUGUUUUCUUUAAAUUUUAAUGAAAACAUUUUAAAAUCAUUUUGCCCCUUUAUUGUCUAUUUUUUUAAUGAAACAGAUAUUGUUCAUUUACAUUCAGUAUAUGUAAAUUAUUUGAUUGACUGAAGUUUUACUAUAAUGAUAUAUUUAACAAGGAAAAGUAUUUAUUUUAUGGAAACAUGUAAUUAUUUUUUUAA